UGUAGAAUUCCAAGCAAUAACAUUAAAAAGACUGUAAACUAAGUGUAAUUCAUUUACUACUGAAAUAAUUGUAAAUUCUGUUUAUUAUUUAUAACAAUUAAAACUCUGCAUUUUAAGAAGAUUGUAUCUUGUUUAUGAUUAAUUUCCUUUUUUCAAUGUUUAAGUUCAGAACUUAAUUAUCAUUAAUUUUAUAUGUAUAUAUAUUGUAUAAAAUAUGAGUACGUAAUAUAGAUUAAUGAAUACAUAUAUGUAUAUAUUUACAACAAAUGUAACUUAUAAUGUUAUGUCGGAAUAUUAAACAAAUAAUUAAAUUGUUUCAGGCAUAAAUUGUUACAUAAUUUAUAUGAGAUAAACUUUGUAGUCAUAUCUAGUACGAAGUAAAGAAUUAUAUUGUUGCUUGGUAACCAUACAGUAACAACUUUAAACUUGUAUGUAUAUGUUACGUACCUCACAGUAUUUUAUGUGUAAUUAGUAAGCAUACAAUCAAAAUGGACAAAAUUAUUAUGAACAAUUAACAGCAUAUAACUCUAUGAGCGCGCACUUACGACGCAUUUUACUGGCAAAAUGUGUCGUUGAUGCUAGAAACAGAAGCUAUAUACGUAAAAAAAAACAAAUGUGCAAACAAACAGAUUGGAAACCACAAUUUGUAAAAACUGAAAUUACAAAUAACGUAAUUGAUAAAUUGACGUAUGAUGUCUCAUAUCAUCCAAUGGAUUUUUUAAGAAUGAACUAUGACUCAAAGUAUUUCUGCCAGUGUGAAGCUCGGAAGUACUUUACUAAUCCUUUAUCCGAUUAUAAUGAGAUCUGUUCACGACCAAAAUCUCACAGUCAUGUAGUUUGUCCAAGUUCAUCAAUAUUUAAAACAGAUAGUUCGGAGCCAGUUACAUCAAAUAGUAAAAAUAUAAGAGAACAGUCUUAUUCACAAUCAAGUAAUAGUUGUAGAAAGAUUUUUAAUUCUACAAGUGUGGAAACUGCAUUAAAAUUUCAAGAUAGAAUAGAAAAAAAUUCGAUGUAUUAUAAAUCUACUUGUGAUUAUUUAUCACAAAACAUCAAUCAUCUUCCAUCAGAAGAUAGCACAUCAAGAAAUCAUAGAAAUUAUGAAACCGCUCAACUAUGUACUGACUUCAUUGAUCAAAAAGCACAUAUAAAGGAUGAAGAAGCGAAAUACGCAAAAUUUAUGUACGAUAUUACACAUGAAAUAAUACUCAAUGGUUUGUAUACUGAUGAAGAGCUACAAGAAGUAUUUAAGAAACACACUGAAGAAAACAAAACAAUUCUAGACACGAAGCGAAUGUUGUACGAGAUUUAUCAAUUAAAACUUGCUUUAAAUAUAUCGGAUAAUUCAGAGGGAGAAGAAUUAGAAGAUCUUGUAUAUGCUCAGCAAUUAUUAAAUAUUUCUGAAAUUCGACCACUGAUGCCUGCAAGAGGUCUAAAUGAAGAUAGAGUACUUAAAAAAUUAAUGUGGUAUCAGAAACUAGACGAAAUCAGGCGUGAUGCACUAAGCGCUAAAAGUAAAUCGGUCAUAUUGAUUGAUGCUAAUCCCGAAUUACAUAUAACUGAGAAAGAUGUUCUAACGUCACUAAUAGAAGCUGAUAUCAAUCCCGAAAAAGCUCGAAAAAUUUGUAGAAAACUUUUUUUUAAAAGCAAAUCAUUGAACCAAAUGAUAAAACCAAACAAUGAAUAUGGAAUGGAAGAAAGCGAUCAAUUUGAUACCAAUUUAACAGAAUCUUAUGAUUUAAACAAAGUAGAUGAACAGGAUAAAAGUUCUGUGACUGAUGAUUUUGUAACAGAAGGACAUAAAGAUAUACAAACGUAAAAAAUAAUAGUCAUAUAAUGCUGAACUAUUAAAAUAAGUAAAAAUUCAUAAAAUAUAUUCAAUAUGUAAAUAUAACAAUAUUCGUUUUACAAUCAGGAAAAAAAGAUUAAUAUUGUUAUUUUUUCUUUUAUUACUAAAAAUAACUAUUACAUUUCAAUUUAUCAUUUUAUCAGUUUUUUAAAACUUUCUUCAACAUUUCUGUUCGUAUUAUUUUAACACAAAAUAAAAUAUAUAAUGGAAAAAUAUAUGUUACAGAUGUACAUAUUAUAUAGUUACAAUAUAUGUGUGUGUAUCAAA